AUGGCCAUCUUAACUACUUCCAAUGGUAACCCUGUCGACAACGAUCAAACUAGCAUUACUGCCGGUCCUUGGGGCCCUGUCCUCCUUCAAGACUUUCACUUGAUCGACAAGCUCGCUCACUUUGACAGAGAGCGUAUUCCUGAGCGUGUUGUCCAUGCCAAGGGUGCUGGUGCUCAUGGUGAAUUUGAGGUCACUCAUGAUAUCACACAUCUCACCAAGGCCAAGUUCCUCAGUGAGGUCGGUAAGAAGACUCUCAUGUUUGCUCGUUUCUCCACUGUAGGUGGUGAGAGAGGUAGUGCUGAUACUGCUCGUGAUCCUCGUGGUUUUGCCCUCAAGUUCUACACCGAGGAAGGCAAUCUCGACAUUGUUGGUAACAAUACGCCUGUCUUUUUCAUCCGUGAUCCCUCCAAGUUUCCUGAUUUCAUUCACACUCAAAAGCGUAAUCCUCGCACCAAUCUCAAGGACCCCAAUGCCGCUUGGGAUUUCUUCUCUCUUUCUCCCGAGACCAUUCAUCAGCAAACCAUCCUCUACUCCAACCACGGUACUCCUGACGGUUUCCGCCACAUGCACGGCUUUGGCUCCCAUACAUUCAAGUUGGUGGACAAGGAAGGCAAGUUCAAGUACAUCAAAUGGCACUUCAAGACCAAGCAAGGCGUCAAGAACUUGAAGCCUGAUGAGGCUGCCAAGUUGGAAGGCACCAACCCUGACUAUGCCACUCAAGAUCUGUUUGAGGCCAUCGAGCGCGGCGAUUUCCCUGCUUGGGAUGUCUUUAUUCAAGUCAUGGAGCCCAAGGACGCAAAGACUUAUCGUUGGAACCCAUUCGAUGUAACCAAAGUCUGGCCUCACAAGGACUAUCCUCUUCAUCCUGUUGGUAAAUUCACAUUGAACAGGAAUCCCGAGAACUAUUUUGCCGAAGUCGAACAAGCUGCUUUCUCACCCUCUCAUUUGGUGCCUGGUGUUGAUACCUCAGCUGAUCGCUUGUUACAAGGUCGUCUCUUUUCCUACCCUGACACCCAUCGUCAUCGUCUCGGUGUCAACUACAAGCAAAUCCCUGUCAAUGCUCCUAAAUGUGAGGUCAACACUUAUCAACGCGAUGGCUCCAUGGUGGUCAAUGGCAACUAUGGCAGUGCUGCCAACUACGGCCCCAAUUCUGUCGGUGGUCCUGCGCAAAACAACAUUGUUGGCUCCACGUUUGCUGCCGAGGAAAUUGAAGGAUUGAUUGGUCGAUUCAGCUACGAUGUUACUGACGAUGACUUUACUCAAGCUGGUAAUCUGUAUCGUCUCAUGGACGAGGAGAACAAGGACUAUCUCUGCAAGAAUAUUGCCGGCGAUUUGGUCAAGGUCAGAAAGGAGAUUGUUGAGCGUCAACUUCCUCACUUUGAGCGUGCCGAUCCUGAUUAUCGCCAACGUGUCGAAAAAUUCAUGAAGGAGGCUUAA